AUGGGUUCAUCUGAUGUUGAAGGUGGAGAAUUCCCUUGUUUGCACGAGCUUUCUAUACGAAGAUGCCCCAAGCUGAGGGAGAACUUACCCAAGCAAUUUCCUUCAAUAGUAAAAGUUGAGAUCUCUAAAUCUCAAGAGCUUGUGACUACACUUAUGACACAGGCCUCAAUUCACAAAAGGCUUUUACAUUAUCACGAUAAGGUUAUGUUCACAAGUGAUGAUAAAGUUGCGUCAUUCUCUGAGCAAAUGACCAUCUUUACAUCCGAAGGUGUUGUAGAAUCCUCACUGCCCCUGACUGAAGGUGCUACAGAAUGCCCCUUGACUCAAACUCAAACCUCGAACAACCAAGAUGGAAUGCAAGGCCUCUCCUCUUUUGAAAGCAUGAAAGUUUCAGAAAUAUCACAACUGUUGGAAUUGCCAUUAGGGUUGCAAAACCUCAAAAUUGAAGGAUGUGAUACGGAAUCUAAGUUUUUCCUACCUGCAGAGAAAACAAACCAAUAUGAAGAACUUGAAUAUUUUUGCAUAGGGAAUAGCUGUGAUUUCCUGAUAUCCCUCCCAUUAAGCUUCUUUCCAAAUCUUAUAACUCUUUCUAUAUGGGAUUGUGCAAAUCUAGAAUCCCUUUCAAUGCCAGAGGAAAUUCAGGAAAAUCCCACGUCUCUUGAGGCCUUGGAGAUCAGGGAUUGUCCUAAGCUAGUGUCUUUUCCAAAAGGAGGAUUGCCUACCCCAAAACUGACAUCUAUUUGGUUCUCCAAUUGCAAGAAUCUCAAGGAACUGCCUCAUCAGUUGCACACACUCAUUUCUCUGCAUUCAAUGUUUAUAAAUAAUUGUCCAGAACUUGUGUCACUUUCAGAAACAGGUUUGCCUUCAAAACUAAGUUUACUCAGUAUCACUUUCUGCAACAAACUCAUGCUUGGGAAGGAGUAG